GUGGCGUCGGGCCCGGGGCCGAGCUGGGGGUGGGGGCUCGGAGGCCGAGCGCCCGCGGCUGUGGGCAAGCGUCCGUGCGGCCUGGUCCCGGCCAUGUCCGCGUGAGGACGCCGCCUCCGCCGCCCCCAUCCCAGCCUCGGCCCGGCCCGCCGCGCACCAUGGGCUCCAUCCUGAGCCGUCGCAUCGCGGGUGUGGAGGACAUCGACAUCCAGGCGAACUCGGCCUAUCGCUACCCCCCGAAGUCCGGAAACUACUUUGCUUCGCACUUUUUCAUGGGAGGUGAGAAAUUCGACACCCCCCACCCUGAAGGUUACCUCUUUGGAGAGAACAUGGAUCUGAACUUCCUGGGCAAUCGCCCAGUCCAGUUUCCUUACGUCACCCCCGCGCCCCAUGAGCCGGUGAAGACGCUGAGGAGCCUGGUGAACAUCCGCAAAGACUCCCUCCGGCUCGUGCGGUACAAGGACGGUGCUGACAGCCCUACGGAGGAUGGCGAGAAGCCCCGAGUCCUCUACAGCCUGGAAUUCACCUUCGAUGCAGACGCCCGGGUGGCCAUCACAAUCUAUUGCCAGGCAGUGGAGGAGUUCCUCAAUGGGACAGCUGCGUACAGCCCCAAGAGCCCGGCCCUACAGUCUGAGACCGUCCACUACAAGCGGGGGGUGAGCCAGCAGUUCUCCCUGCCUUCCUUCAAGAUCGACUUCUCCGAGUGGAAGGAUGACGAGCUGAACUUUGACCUGGACCGGGGCGUGUUUCCAGUGGUUGUCCAGGCCGUGGUGGAUGAGGGGGACGUUGUGGAAGUGACCGGCCACGCCCAUGUGCUCUUGGCUGCCUUUGAAAAGCACGUCGACGGCAGCUUCUCUGUGAAGCCUUUAAAGCAGAAGCAAAUCGUGGACCGGGUCAGCUACUUGCUGCAGGAGAUCUAUGGCAUCGAGAACAAGAACAACCAGGAGACGAAGCCCUCAGACGAGGAGAACAGCGACAACAGCAGCGAGUGUGUGGUGUGCCUGUCGGACCUGCGGGACACGCUGAUCCUGCCCUGCCGCCACCUGUGCCUCUGCAACUCGUGCGCCGACACGCUGCGCUACCAGGCCAGCAACUGCCCCAUCUGCCGGCUGCCUUUCCGGGCCCUUCUGCAGAUCCGGGCAGUGAGGAAGAAGCCAGGAGCACUGUCCCCCAUCUCCUUCAGCCCCGUUUUGGCCCAGAACAUGGACCACGAUGAGCAUUCUUGUCCCUUUAAAAAAUCAAAGUCGCACCCUGCCUCACUGGCCAGCAAGAAACCUAAAAGGGAAACAAGCUCUGACAGCAUCCCACCUGGCUAUGAGCCCAUCUCCCUGCUCGAGGCACUCAACGGGCUUCGAGCCAUCUCCCCGGCCAUCCCCUCGGCCCCCCUAUAUGAAGAGAUCACUUACUCUGGCGUCUCUGAUGGCCUGUCCCAAGCCACUUGUCCACUUGCUGGGAUCGAUCGGAUCAUGGAAAGCAGCCUCCCGAAGGGCAAGCUGAGGAGCAAAUCCCCCGACAGCACCCUGCGGUCCCCCUCAUCCCCCAUCCACGAAGAGGACGACUCGGAGGCCCCACCCCCGCCAAGCGGGGCGGGGAUGGCACUGAGCAGCUCCCCCGAGAGCUUCAUAACUGAGGAGGUUGAUGAGACUUCAUCACUAAAGCAAGGGAGCCGAGUGCCGUCUAUCGAAAACGUCCUCCAGGACGGCAGCCCCGAGCCCUGCCGAGGCCAGCCUGGCGCACCUGCCGACAUCUACCUGCCAGCCCUGGGGCCCGGCUCCUGCUCUGGUGGUUUAGAGGAGUAACCUGGAUGGUCCACCUCCAUGGAGACGCCCUGCAGCCUCCACACCACCGGGCCCCCCCGGCUUCCACUUGCUGGCCCCAGUCCCAACCCUGGGGCCACUGAGCUGACCCCACUCUGAGAGCCCAGCCAGGCUGGCAGCAUGGAGCCCUCAGCUCCCCAGACUUUGCCGAGGGGCUGCCCGGACUCCAUCGUGACCCCGGCCUCUCCAGUCUGCACGCCUUGCGUGGUCACUGGCUCCGAGGGGCCGUGUGACCCUUGAUUGAAGAGCACAGUUGACUGUCCCCCCUGACAACCCCCUUUUUCUACAGUCAAAGUAUUUGUAAAUGGUACAAGAUGAAGGAUGGUGGCUUUCUGUCCCAGGCGCUGAGCUCUGGGUUCCCCCAAGACGUCCUGUGGGCUGAUCGCUCACCUGCAGCCUGGAUGGGCCCCACCAGCCUCCAAGCCUGUAGGGCCCUGUCGACACCCAAGAACUCAGCAAACCAUAGAGAAUUUCGUGGCAGACGAAAUACAGUCUUCACAGGAAACGUCACGGGGGCCUUAUGGGAGGAAAGGAAGUGGGAGCUGAGUCUCAGUCAAUGAAGGAAACAGUGCCUGUCCCCUCCCCAUGUGCGUGUACCCUCCCCACUCCCCACACGGCCCCCCGGAUGGCCAGGCAGCCAAGCCAGGCCUGGGUCUGGCUCUUGGCAGCGGUUGUGUCCAGGAGCCCUUCUCCGAGCCCCAUCCACUCGGCCUGUAGUGCCACUGCCCACCUGUCCCGGGAGGGCCUGGGCGGCUUCUCCACUCUGUGUUUGCCAUGGAGAUGCCACUUAGAGUUUCUCUUUGAUUUGUUCUGUCUGGGGCUCCUGUGGUGGGACCUGCCUGGGGGAUGAGGGUCCCAUCUGAGGUGACCUCGUCUUUUUUUGAAGAUAAACUUUCUGGGUAACAGAAAGGCAGAGGGGACACUUGGCCUUGGUGCCCCCGGGCAAGAGCUGCCCCAGCAGGACCUGGAGCCCAGUGGAUGGGUCUGCAGCUCCCGGGCACACUUUCCUGGCAGGUGGGAGAGGGUCCCGCUUCCUGAGGAUCUGCCCUGGGAAGGACGGUUCUGGGGCGGCUGGCAGCACAGCCUCAGGCUCUGCUGAGCGGGGCACUCUGGGAUGGACGCCUCACUUUCUCUCCGGUUGAGCCUGUGAGCAGAGGCCACACUCGGGGCAGCCUGCCCCGGCCCCUUGGCUCCCUGCCUCCCCUUGCCUCCCGCCCACCGUGUGCUCAUUGGUGCACGCAUGCCGACGCGCACACGCCCGUGUGCACCUGCGCGCACACAGGCUAGUGGCCGUGUCCCUCUGCUCACCCCCUCCUCACGGCUAGCACCCCGGCUUCUCGCCAUCGGUGUUGGUGCCAGUAACUCUGAAGGAUGGGGUGCACUGGCCUGUCUUGGACUUACAUGUGCUAUCAUUUGAUGUACUCUGAUUGGCUAGGUUUGUUCGUUUUUACUGUGUAUUUAUAGUAAUAAAAUCAUGCAGCAAUA